CCGCACGCCACCCCCAUCGCUCCUGCCCGCCAGACGACGACCCCGCGAGCCCUGAUAAGCCCCCCGGCCAAUGCUCACGCGGCUGCUCCAGCACUCCAGCCUGCAGAUCGCUCGCACCACCCCCACCCGCCUGUUCUCCCUCUCCGCCUCCCUCUCCCACUCGGAUACGACGAUGGCCAGCAUUCGCUCCUGCGCGGCCACCCUGCCGGACCAUGAGGUCCGCAUCACACCGCCCUUCCCCAGCCCCCUGAGCGAUGGCGAGCUGGAUCUUUUCCCGGAAACCGGCACCCCGCUGCAUGAGAAGCCGCAUGGCUUCCGUUUCUACGAGGAUGUCUGCAAGAAGGCCAAGUUUGUCCUCGGCCCGAUGGUCGAUGCAUCGGAGCUCCCCUGGCGGAUGAUCUCCCGAGCCCACGGCGCGCAGCUUGCCUACUCCCCGAUGUAUAGCUCCGGCUGUCUGGCUCGGUCGGACAAGUACCGCGACGCCAUCAUCACGGCCCCGGAAGAUCGCCCGCUUUUCUACCAGCUUGCCGGUGACUGCCCGGAGACCGUCCUGCGCGCGGCGCAGUACCUCCAGGACACGUGCGACGCCAUCGACAUCAACCUUGGCUGCCCCCAAAACAUCGCCAAGCGUGGGCACUAUGGGUCUUUCCUCCAAAACGAGUGGGACCUCAUCUUCCGAAUUGUGAACACCCUCCACCUGAAUCUCAAGGUCCCGGUCACGGUGAAGAUCCGUGUGUUUGAUGACGUGGACAAAACGAUCCGCUACGCCAAGAUGAUCGAGCGCGCCGGCGCGUCGAUCCUUACCGUCCAUGGGCGCAUGCGCGACCAGCGCGGACAGAACACCGGCCUCGCGGACUGGGAGAAGAUCAAGGCUGUUAAGAACGCCCUCUCCAUCCCGGUCUUCGCCAACGGCAAUGUCCUGUCACUCGAGGAUGUCCAGCGGUGCAUCGAUGCCACCGGCGUUGACGGCGUCAUGUCCGCCGAGGGGAACCUCUACAAUCCGGCCAUCUUCUCCGGGGUCACCCUGCCUGCGUGGCAGCUGGCCCGCGAGUACCUCAACUACUGCCAGCACUAUGGCUUCAACCAUAUGGGCACCAUUCGCGGCCACAUGUUCAAGCUCUUCUACCACAUCCUGGGAUGGUACCCGAUGUAUCGCCAGGAGUUUGGCAUGUCCCGCAAUGUGGAUGCCCUUCUGGCCCUGGUCGACACGAUCGAGGCCCGUGUCAAGGCCGACCUCGAGUCCGGGGAGGCCACCGAGUUUGGCCUGGCCGGUGGUUCGCUGCAGGUGGCCAAGAAGAAGAUGCGCAUCUCCACGGCCGAUGCUGCUGGCGAUGAUGGUGCCGCCGGCGCCGCCGGUGCCGCCGGCGCCCCAAUCGCUGACACCGCCGACGCCGCGGCCGGCGCCGCCGCCGCCGCCGCCCCGAAGUCCAAGCCCGACGUCCCGGCCGUGGUGGCGCUGUCACAUGCCCCGGGCCUGGCCGUGGUCGAUCCGCAGGAGAAGCACCAGAAGCUCCUGCAAGACGCCGAGGCCCUGGCUCUGACCGAUGUGGACCCGCACUUCGCCGGGCAUCUGGCCUCUGCUCGGGAUGUUCUCAUCGAUCGGCGUAGCCCCUUCUACCAUAGCCAGGCGUAUGUGCGCCAGCUUCCCACCCCGGAGCAGAGUGCCCGCCUGGCGCGCAUCGACAACAGCUACUCCAACUACCAGAAGGCCAACAGCAUCCGUGAGCGCCACCAGCAGCAGACUGUGGACGGCGACAAGAUGGAGGAGUCGCAAAAGCGCCCGCAUGCCGAGGUUGCUUGAAGGAAAGAGAAGAUGGCCAGCGCGGCAAAAAAGAAAAUGGACGGCCCCGAAAAUGCAUAUCUGCUGCCCA